AUGGACGAGAACUACGACGUUAUCGUGUUGGGCACAGGCCUCACCGAAUGUAUUCUAUCCGGACUUUUGUCCGUUGACGGCAAGAAAGUGCUUCACAUUGACCGUCAGGACCACUAUGGCGGUGAGAGUGCCUCUGUAGCACUCUCGCAACUUUACACCAAGUUCAAGAGCACUCCGCUCGCGAAAGACGACAUGGAGGCCCGUUUCGGUCGCGAUCGCGACUGGAACGUUGACCUCAUCCCCAAAUUUCUCAUGGCCAACGGUGAACUCACCAAGAUCCUCGUGCACACGGACGUAACCCGUUACAUCGACUUCAAACAAGUGGCCGGUUCUUACGUGUACAACAAGGGCAAAGUUUACAAAGUCCCUGCAAAUGAGAUCGAGGCCAUUUCGUCGCCGCUCAUGGGCAUUUUCGAGAAAAGACGUAUGAAACGGUUCCUCGAAUGGAUUGGCGAGUACAAAGAGGACCAACUCAAUACUCACCAGGGACUUGAUCUCGACAAAAACACUAUGGACGAGGUUUACUACAAAUUCGGACUCGGUGCGUCCACCAAAGAUUUUAUCGGCCACGCCAUGGCCCUUUGGACCAAUGACGACUAUCUGCAACAGCCCGCAAGACCCACUUUCGAGCGGAUUUUGCUGUAUUUGCAGAGUGUUGCACGCUACGGCAAAUCGCCCUAUUUGUACCCGCUUUACGGGCUUGGUGAACUUCCACAAGGUUUUGCGCGUUUAUCUGCCAUCUAUGGCGGGACUUACAUGCUGAAUACCCCCGUGGACAAAGUCCUGUACGACGACGCGGGCCGUUUCCAAGGUGUCGUCACCAAAGAGGGUACCGCCAAGGCCCCCAUCUGCAUUGCAGACCCAACUUAUUUCCCGGAGAAAUGCAAAUCCACGAACGAAAAAGUGAUCCGGGCCAUCUGCGUGCUUAAUCACCCUGUGCCUAACACCAAUAACGCCGACUCGGCCCAGAUCAUCAUCCCACAGUCCCAAGUCGGACGUCAGAACGAUAUUUACAUCGCCGUUGUUUCCGAUGCCCACAACGUGGCCUCCAAGGGCCACUACUUGGCCAUCGUUUCAACUACCAUCGAGACCGACAAGCCUCACGUCGAGCUGGAACCAGCAUUCAAGUUGCUCGCCCCUAUCGAAGAACGUUUCAUGGGCAUUGCCGAAAUGUUCGAACCCAAAGAAUCCGGUUCCGAGGACAACGUCUACCUAUCCAAAUCCUACGAUGCUUCCUCCCAUUUUGAGACCAUGACGGAUGACGUCAAGGAUAUCUAUUUCAGAGUUACGGGCCAUCCGCUCGUUCUGAAAAAGCGCGAGGAAGUUGAAGAGGAAUAA